AUGUGCGCCGGGAUGGCGGGGCGCGCGGCGGCGGCCCCCCGGGGGCCCUACGGUCCCUGGCUCUGCCUCCUGCUGGCCCUGGCCCUGGACUUUCGGAGAGCGGGCUGUGACCAGGACCCCUCGGACCCCUUGUACCUGCCAGCAGCCCUGGAGCUCCUUGAUGCCCCUGGGCACUUUCGUGUGCAGCAGCUAGGCCACUACCCACCAGCCAACUCCUCCUUGGGCUCACGUUCCGAGACCUUCCUACUCCUGCAGCCCUGGCCCAGGGCCCAGCCACUUCUCCGGGCCUCCUACCCGCCGUUUGCCACUCAGCAGGUGGUCCCCCCUCGGGUCACUGAACCUCACCAACGGCCGGUUCCCUGGGACGUGCGGGCCGUUUCAGUGGAAGCCUCCGUGACUCCCGCACAGCCCCAUGCACGUGUCCUGUUCCACCUCAAAGGGCAGGAUUGGCCACCGGGACCUAGCAGCCUGCCAUGUGCCCGGCUGCAUGCCACCCACGAUGCUGGCACUGCCCACCGAGCCUGCCGUUUCCAGCCAUCCCUGGGUGCCUGCGUGGUGGAGCUGGAGCUUCCCUCACACUGGUUCUCCCAGGGCUCUGCCACGCGGGCUGAACUGGCUUACACGCUGGAGCCAGCCAGCGAGGGCCCAGGGGGCUGUGACCCCGACGGGGAGGAGGACGCUGUGGAGCAGGCCCUCCCAGUGGGCAGUGUGGAGUUGCGGGCAGCAGACCCUCCGCAGCACCAGGAGAUACCCUUGGAUGAGGCAGUCACUUUGCGGGUACCUGAUGUGCCAGUGAGGCCUGGCCAGCUCUUCAAUGCCAGUGUCCUGCUCCGGCACAACUUCACGGCCAGCCUCCUGACUCUGCGGAUUAAGGUGAAAAAGGGGCUGCAUGUGACAGCUGCCCGCCCAGCCCAGCCCACCCUCUGGACCGCCAAGCUGGACCGCUUCAAGGGCUCUAAACACCACACCACGCUGAUCACGUGCCGUCGUGUCGGGGACACAGGGCCAGAUUCCAGCAGUGCCGUUGAACUCUCCGAGUUCCUGUGGGUGGACUUUGUGGUGGAGAAUGGCACCAGUGGGGGUGUGGCGGUCACUCGCCCUGUCACUUGGCAGCUGGAGUACCCAGGCCAGGCCCCUGAAGCAGAGAAGGACAAAAUGGUAUGGGAAGUCCUGGUGUCGGAGCGGGACAUAAGAGCCCUCGUCCCACUGGCCAAGGCCGAGGAGCUGGUGAACACGGCACCAUUGACUGGAGUGCCCCAGCGUGUCCCCGUGCGUCUUGUCACCGUGGAAGGCGGGGGAGCCCUGGUGGAAGUGACAGAGCACAUUGGCUGCGAGUCUGUCAACACACAGGUCUUACAGGUAUCUGAGGCCUGUGAUGCCGUGUUUGUGGCUGGCACAGAGAGCCGGGGCGCGCGUGGGGUGCGGGUGGACUUCUGGUGGCGUCGGCUCCGGGCCUCGUUGCAGCUGACGGUGUGGGCCCCACUGCUGCCCCUGCGCAUCGAGCUGACCGACACCACCCUGGAGCAGAUCCGUGGCUGGAGGGUGCCUGGGCCAGCUGAAGGGGAUCCAGAGCCUGAGGCCUCCGCUACUGCUGAGGAGGCCGAGCGGCGCGCCCGCAGCUGCCGCCUGCAGUAUCAGCGUGCUGGCGUGCGCUUCCUUGCCCCCUUUGUGGCCCACCCGCUGGACGGUGGCCGCCGCCUAACGCACCUGCUCGGCCCCGACUGGCUGCUGGACGUGUCUCACCUCGUGGCGCCACAUGCCCGUGUGCAGGACUCGCGCAUCGCCUCCCUGGAGGGAGGCCGUGUCCUGGUUGGCCGAGAACCUGGUGUCACCUCCAUUGAGGUGCACUCCCCACUGUCUGACUCCAUCUUGGGGGAGCAGGCACUGGCCGUAACAGAUGACAAGGUCUCGGUGCUGGAGCUGCGGGUGCAGCCGGUGAUGGGUCUCUCCCUGGCCCUGAGUCGGGGCACUGCCCACCCUGGGGAGGUCACAGCCACGUGCUGGGCCCAGUCAGCCUUUCCAGCUCCAAAGCAGGAAGUGGCCCUCUCCCUCUGGCUGGCCUUCUCCGACCACACCCUGGCCCCCGCUGAACUCUACGACCGCCGGGACCUGGGACUGUCCAUGUCGGCUGAGGAACCCAGCGCUGUGCUGCCAGCCGAGGAGCAGGGUGCUCACCUCGGGGUGGUGGUGAGUGGGGCAGGUGCCGAGGGGUUACCCCUGCACGUGGCUCUGCACCCGCCCGAGCCCUGCCGGCGGGGCCGCCACCGCGUGCCUCUGGCCUCGGGCACUGCCUGGCUAGGGCUGCCACCUGCCCCCACGCUGGCCCCUGCCCUCCCAACCAGCCCCACCCGGAACCCGGCCGCCACAGAGGCCAGCACGGGUGGUGAGCGGCGGGCAGCAGGCAGUGCAGGGGGCGGUGUGGGUGUGAGGGGCAAGUUUGAACGGGCAGAAGAGGGGGUCAGGGAGGAGGAGGGGAAUGAAGAGGAGGAGGAGGAGGAGGAGGAAGAAAUGAUUCCUGCCCCUCAGCGAGUCACCGACCUAGAGCUGGGCAUGUACGCCCUGCUGGGAAUCUUCUGCCUGGCCAUCCUCAUCUUCCUGGUCAAUGGCAUUGUCUUUGUGUUGCGCUAUCAGCGCAAAGAGCCCCCUGACCAGGCCACCGACCCUGCCUCCCCUCAGCCCCACAACUGGGUCUGGCUGGGCACUGACCAGGAGGAGCUGAGCCGCCAGCUGGACCGGCGGCCCCCUGGCCCGUCCAAGGGAGAGGGGAGCUGCCCCUGUGAGAGCGGGGGAGGAGAGGAGGCUUCAAACCUGGUCCCGGGCCCUCCCAGUGGCACCCCCAGCUCUGGGGACACCCCUAGCUCCUCUGGCACCCUGGCCCGCAAGGAGGCUGGGGGGCGGCGAAAGCGUGUGGAGUUUGUGACGUUUGCACCGGAGCCCCCAGCACAGCAGCCGGAGGAGCCUGUCGGGGCCCCUACUGUACAGUCCAUUCUGGUGGCCGGCGAAGAGGACAUCCGCUGGGUGUGUGAGGACAUGGGGCUGAAGGACCCCGAGGAGCUUCGGAACUACAUGGAGAGGAUCCGGGGCAGCUCCUGACCCUCCCCACCGGCCCUGGGCAGCAGGGACAG